AUGGUGGGCGGACAAGAGAGAAAAGGUUCAGGGACUUCCGGAUUUUUUCCUCUGUCAGAAGAAGAAAUUAGUACGGCAGAUUUGCUUCAUACAACUACAAAUACAAAAAGGCCUGCAGGAUGGAGAGCUAUGCCUUUCAUCUUAGGGAAUGAAACGUUCGAGAGAUUGGCGUCGUUCGGGUUGAUGGCAAAUUUUAUGGUGUAUCUACAGAGGGAGUAUCACAUGAACCAGGUCCAGGCAGCAACCAUCCUUAACGGCUGGUCUGGCGCCUCCAAUUUUGCGCCAGUUAUUGGUGCCUUUGUCUCUGACGCAUUUAUUGGAAAAUUCUGGACCAUUGUUUUCGGAUCCUUUUCAUCUCUCCUGGGAAUGACGAUCAUGACUUUAACAGCUUUGUUACCACAGCUGCGUCCUCCGCCUUGCACCCUUGAAGAACAACUACAUGGCCAAUGCAUAGGCUACAAUAAAGCCCAACUUGGCAUUUUGAUUCUUAGCUUGUGCUGGUUGUGCAUUGGCACUGGUGGAGUCAAGCCAUGCAGCAUUCCCUUCAGUGUUGAUCAAUUUGAUUUAACAACUGAAGAAGGGAGGAAAGGAAACAACAGUUUUUACAACUUGUACUAUACCACUCAAACAAUUGUCUUGUUGAUUACUCAAACUGUAGUGGUUUAUAUCCAAAAUGAUAUUAGCUGGGCCUUAGGUUUUGGGAUACCGACCUUUUGCAUGCUCUUUGCAAUUAUUUUGUUUUUUGUUGGAACAAAAAUUUACAUAUAUGUAAAGCCAGAAGGAAGUGUUUUUGCUGGGGUAACACAAGUGUUUGUUGCCGCUUACAAAAAACGCAAGCUUAAUCUUCCAGCUGAUGGAGUAGAUAGGCAAUUCUAUGAUCCUCCAUUGAAGAGAGGCUUGCUUCUAGAACUCCAUCUUACCAGACGGUACAGUUGCUUUAAUAAAGCGGCUCUAAUUGAGGGUGACGAAGUGAAUUCUGAAGGUGUUUGUGUGAAUCCGUGGAGGCUUUGUAGUGUCCAACAAGUUCAAGAUGUUAAAUGCCUAGUAAAUAUUAUCCCGAUUUGGCUUACCAGCAUCCUUGGCUUCCUUGCCAUGAAUCAACAAGGAACAUUCACGGUAUCACAAGCCUUGAAGAUGGACCUGCACUUUGGUCCCUACAUAGAAAUCCCAGCUGGUUCAGUUGGCGUCAUUACACUGAUUGCAAUUGCGGUAUGGCUUCCAUUUUAUGAUAGAGUCUUGGUACCAGCGCUUGAAAAAAUCACGAAGCAAGAAGGUGGGAUCACACUUCUCCAAAGAAUAGGAAUUGGGAAUCUGUUCUCAAUCCUAACAAUGUUAGUUUCCGGAUUAAUUGAAACAAAGAGAAGGCAUUCAGCCCUUUCGCACGGUGGCCCUGAUGGAGUUGCUCCAAUGUCAGUCAUGUGGCUAGCUCCUCAGCUUGUCCUGAUUGGCUUCUCCGAGAUAUUCAGCAUCGUUGGACUAAUAGAAUUUUACAAUAAGCAGUUCCCUGAGCAUAUGAGAAGCAUCGGAAAUUCUCUAAUCUAUCUCACCUUUUCUUUGGCAAGCUACGCAAGCAGCUCUGUGAUCACCGUUGUGCAUAGUGUCACCGAAAGGAAAGGCUCCAAUUGGUUGUCUGACGACGUCAACACAAGCAAAUUGGACUAUUUCUACUUCCUAAUAGCAGGAUUGUCUUUACUGAAUUUCGUCUUCUUUCUGUUUUGUGCUCGAAGAUAUCACUACAAGGGUAGCGUAAAAAUAAUAAUGUAA